AUGAGCAUUCUUGAGAUAGAAUUUCCAUUCAGGAUUGGGGAGACACAUCCAAGGCUCAAAAUGGAGGUUGAAAUGAAAAGGAAGGAAGAUCUAGUAUCCUUCUGUAUGGAGUAUGAUAUGGACCUUGUAAUAGAUAAUGCUGAACUUAAGUCAAAAGAAGAGAUUCGAGGGCAGUUUGUAUAUGCUUAUAAGUUUGGUGAUCUGGAUAGUGCAAUAGAGUUCAUGGAAAAUAGUCAGGCAAAAGCCUUAGCAACUAGAGGGCUGUUGGAUGUAGAAAAGGUAGAAAAGGAAAUGGAUUUAUUCAUGGAGAAAUACGAGACAGGAGAGAAAAGAUCUAAGAAAAAGAAAAGAGCAAUUGUUGUUGGUGAAGAUGGAUUCAUGAAAUAUGUUUGA